GACAUGGGUGGACAAAAUGAGUGGGCCAGAGCCAGAUGAACUGAACGACAAGGACUUUGAGGGUCGGCCAUCAGGGCUUGGUCUUGGUGCUAGAGUGGCACCUAAUGCGAAGCGUGCAGCUCCCACUGAUCCGGUUGAGAGGAGGCUGCUCGGAAAGGUGAAUGCGCAGAAGAGGAAGUCUGCGGAGGAGGAGAAAAGAAACACUCAGGAGGCGGAUGAGGAGAGCGAUGAUGAUAGCGGUGAGCCGCAAGGUAGAACCAGUGCUUGUAGCAAGAAGAGGGGAUUGCCUUCUGUUACUUCAUUGCCGUUAGGGAAGAAGGCCAAGUGACAAUUUGUGUGCCUCAACCAUCUGAAUAUUCAAACAUGGCUUGAUGUUCCAGCCAAAGUUUUACAAUCCCCUUAGGCUGAUUCUAUUACCAUGCCC